UCUAGCUAGUCUUGAAGUGUCUGCCAUCAAUCCAUCGUGUAUUUCAGAACUUGAGCUGCGAAGUGCAGUAGGCAGUGAGAUCAUGGGAAACAACAACGUCACUGGACAACAAGUAUCAGAAGAGACCGCUAACAGAGUCGACAAAACCAUUGAGCCUCCACAUGGUUCACCUGCGCUCAACAGCACGAACAGUGAAACAAAUAAUGAGAAGCAUGGCACUGAGGAUGUCAACUUGUCAAAGUCCUCAAAGGACCCCAUCACUACCAAUGCUGAAGAUAAGCAGGUGGCCUCGUAUCAAAAUAGUUCAUCAGAUAAGAUUGUAGCCUUAGAUGAGAAGGACAGGGGCUCAAUUCAGGAUAUUGCAUCAACACAAGAAGAUGAUCAUAGUAGUAACUUACCAAAAGAUAAACCAUUGAGAAAAGAAGCAACUGAAACAACUGUAUUUUCUACUGAAAUAACUGCUCUUGUCAGCACCACUAUUGAAGAUGCAGCAAACAACAAGGACAGCUCAAUCUCUAGUGAAAAAACCAAACAACUUAUGCAUGGGACUAGAGAUACAAGUGAAGAAAAUAUCGAAAGCAACUACAAAUCACUAUUACAGGAAAAUAUAGAAGCUUCACAAGAAGAUCACGAAGAAAUUAGCAGUCAUGAAAAUGCAACCAUGGUUGGUAAUCUAGCUGGUGAAGAUACAACUGAAAACUUAGAGCAAGGAUACAUUGAGAAGCCAAAAGUAGAGGUGGCAAUGGAAGGAGAAACUACAUCAUCAACAGAAUCAUUUGUCAGCACUUAUCUUGAUGCUGAUGACUCUGAGAUCAAAGAAGUUGUUAUAGAAGAUAAUCCUAGACCUCCACCAGAUGUGCAGCCAUUAGAUGGAACAAAAAUAGAUACAUCCAAAAGUGACAAUAUACAAACACAAAUACCACAUGACGAGGAAGAAAUCAGCGAAAUCAGUAAAACUGCAACAGCAAAGCUUAUGAUUGAAAGUGAUGAGGCACUUAAGGAUGUUAAGCAUAUCCAUGGAUUGGGAGAUCAGGAUGAAGAUGGUACAGAAUGUACAUCAUGUGAUAAUCUCUACUAUGGUGAGGUUGUUGCAAAGUGUCAGUCAUCUUUAAGAAAUCCAACUGCUAUUAAUGACCAAGAAUUGAGAAAUGAACAAAAUGUUGAGAAAACUGUCGCAGUUUGGAAUCUAGAAGAUAAUUUUGCAGCAGAGAAGGAACCUGAAGAAUAUGAUGGUGACUUAAUCAGUAUUGCUGAGGCUACUGGAAAGGAUUUUACAGGCUUGCACUCAUCUUCAUUAGAUUGUCAUCUUAUUGUGAAUGAAGUGGUACAAAGAGAAGUCAAUGGAGUAAAUGGAAUAAUAGAAUUUGAUAAAGAGACAGUAAAGAAAAUUUUAGAAGAAGAUAAGGUAAAUACUCCAGAGGAAUUAGGUCUCCAUGUUGAUGCCCAUGUAGUGGAGAAUGAGGGAGGAGACUCACCCAAUUUACCUACGACCACACCAUCAACUCCUCUUCAACUACUAGAAGAUACUGACAAGGAGAUAUACAUAACAAGGGAUACACAAGAAACUAUGACCAGCUCACAAGGUGACCAGUCUCAGCGGAUAUUGCUUGAAGAAUAUGAAGUUGUGAAACUUGAGAAUGGUGAAAUUCUUAGCAACUGUGUGCAGUUGUUGAGAAACAGUUCAAAUGUAGGCAUAAUCGCUACUAAUGGUAUCAACCAUGAGAAAGAAGGUAUGAACACUAGAACAUCAGAUUUUACCUUUGAAGCCAACCACAAGGAAGUCACAGCAAGCACUGCAGCCACUGGCUUUAUUGCUGAAUGCAAUCAGGCAGAAGUCACAGAAAGUAUUGACCUGGCUACCGAGGAACAAUGUCCUCUUCAGACAUCAACUCCAGGGAGAGAAGUCGGUGAAGAGAUACCAUUACUUCAGGCAGCGCCAAAUAUAGGUUUUUUCACUUCUACUAAACAACAUAGCCAAGUAGACGUGGAAAUCCCCAUGACUGACAUUGCUGUGAUGCAACUCAAAGCUGAAGCUAAGGAAGAAUCUGAGAAGAGUCCACUGUUAAGCCCCAGGGAAACAUCAGGAGGAGACUUCAGAAUACCAAAUCAUUCUGCAAGAAACAAGAAACCAUUUCAGAGCUUACUGACAGAAGGCAAAAUUGGUAUGUGGUCUCCAUUGAAGGAACCAGAAUCGAACCCAAAGAGUAUUUUCAUGGCUAGUUCACCAAAAAGCAAUGAAAAGCAGAAGCCAAGAUCCUCUCUUUUUACCUGUUGCAUGUGUUGUGCCACUGCUACGAACUGAUGUAUGGCUCCAUGUGUGAGUUUUUUAUUUCCUUGAUUCUUCGGUGUUUGGUUAACUGUUUUGCGCUACAUGCUUGAUGAUUGAGUUGGCCUAGUGAAAAAUAUACCGUGGUUCCCAAGAUGCAA